CCCCAGUCAUAAUGGAGUUCACAUACCAAGAUUACCUAUGCGUAGAGAACUGUGGAGACCUCCCGUGAUGUAUGUACGGAAGAUAUGGGUGAUAUUGGGGUGAACACCCGGCAGAUUUAAGGACAGAGGGUGAAGACCUUGAGUUUUACUUCCCGCCUGUGUAUGGAGGUGACCAAGGGGGAGGAAAGGAGUGUAGCGGUAAAGUUCAAGAGAAGGAGGAUAAGAUUAAGUCUAUAAGAGCUCAGAUUAAAAUAGUCAAGGAUAAAUUAGAUGAGGUUUCAAAGGCUCAUGAGCAAGUAAGACUAAAAGACAGAAAGAUACAUAAUCUAAAGCUGGAGCUCAAAAGCCAAAGGAUUAUCAAAGCUAAGUACGACGACUUAUUUCAGGCAAAACAAGUCUAUCUUUUGUCUAAAUUAAAGCUGAGCACCUUACCUGCUAAGACUAUGGACUUAAAGGAAGAUACUGAACGUUUCUUUAAAUUAUUGAACAAUACAUCUCUGAAUCAAACUGAAACUGAAGAGAUCUCUACUGAGUCAAGGCAUCGUUUAAAGUACCAAAAUUUAGUUCGCAACUGUGAGGAGCUAUUAAAUUCAUCCCAUCUGCUUCAGAAUUUGGAAGUCAGGUUCAAGAUUCUGCAAGCUAUUUACAAAUCUGAUGACACCCAAGCUAGCAAAUAAAGAUUCAUGUAAGAUUUCAGAUUCUUUGUGAACAGAAUAUUACUGAUACUGCUGCCAAUCCAGUUGGGCUUAUCCAGAUCAGACCAAAGGGAUCGUCGCCAAGGGAUCUGUUCUUCCUAGAGUGUUUAUAUAUGCUGAUCCAGCUGUUUCUAGCAAUGAAGAUUUCUUAGGAAUAUCCUUGUCAAAAUUCCAAAUUAGAAAUCAAGCUGAUUACUAG